AUGGUCCCAGGGUUAAUCAACAUCCACACUCAGCCCCUAGCCACCAAGGACGUUCUUGACUACCUCAAUGACUUCUGUGUUAAAGAAUUCCACAGUCUCUCCAGUUUCAGCAGUGAAGCUGAGUUCACUGUGGAUGUGAAGACCAGCAGUGAAGAGAAGACUUCCAAGAGAAAAUCAGAGGAGAGCCUUGAGAGAGCCAGCAAGAGAAGCAGGGGAAGUCCAUCAGCGGGCCCCAGCCACCGGGUCUGCUCCAGUGAGGGACCAAGCACCUCCUCAUCAUCAAACUCUGUGCCCUCCAACAACUUAGAUGCCUUUGAGGCCAAAUACAGUUUACAGGAAAUGCUGGGUCAAGGAAGCUACGGUUCAGUCUUUGCUGGUUGCCAUAAAAGAAAUCCCCCAGUUCAUAGUUACCCGUACAUGCUUCUGGAUGGGAACAUAACCAUGGUCCCGCUGGAGGUUGCACUUCUGCUGAGCCUCAAACCAGCAGAAUCAGAAACUAGUGCAGUCGUGACCCUGCUGGACUGGUUCGAUCUAAGAGAUGUGCUCAUUCUCAUCCUAGAGAGACCAGAUCCAAGCAUGGACUUGUUCGACUAUAUACACAGCAGACAGGACCCAAUGAAAGAGCAUAAGGCUAAAAUCAUAACAAGGCAGCUGGUGGAUGCUCUCAUUGAGAUCCACUCCAAGGGCGUGUUCCAUGGAGACAUCAAGUCAGACAACAUUCUUAUCGAGACCGGUUCUGAUGUGCCACGUGUCAGGAUUAUUGACUUUGGCUGUGGCGCUUUUCUGUCAGAUGCAACACACAUUCAACGCAGAGUCUUUCUGGGUAGCCCACCUGAGAGGUGGAGAAAUGAAACAUUGCGUCCUGAACCAACAACAGUUUGGCGGCUUGGUCUGGUGCUGUUUGAAAUGCUGCACAGAUGCUACCCCUUCCAGACUUCCUUUGCCAUCAUGAAUAUAGAUGUUAUCAUGAAUAACAGUCUUUCCUACGACUACCAGAAUUUUAUACUGAGCUGUCUGAUGAAAAACCCAGAUGCCCGACCCACCUUUGCCAUGCUCAAGGACCACCCCUGGCUGAUGUGAUCCCAACUGGACCUGGACCUGUGUGCUACUGGAUUGAUAAGUAUUCAUCAGUUUCCAUUCAGGGCAGCACGGUGGCUCAGUGGUUAGCACUGUCGCCUCACAGCAAGAAGGUCCUGGGUUCUCC